AUGCCUGGUAAUCCCGGUCAUCCGUUGUCUCUUCCCUUGCCUAUCCGAGCCGCCACGCCUGGCAAACUCCUAAUGAUUGAGGCGGCGCCAGAAUACUUGGAGGAUGAAAAAGAUCCUGUCCACCCACCAAGCAUCUUUGAUUUCCCCAGGGAGCUCAUUGAGCUCAUACAAUCUCGGCUCACCUAUCAUGAUCUAAAAGCCCUUCGCGCGACGUGCAAAGCUAGUAAGGAGGCCAUACUCCUCGACGACGUCAAAAUCGCUCAAACACGAUUGAAGGCGACUUUGUUGCUCCAGGAGGCCGCAGACUAUACGCAACGACAGCAAAAGAUCGCAGAGUUCUCGCGUUGGGCACGCCGUUGGCCGAACGAGUACCGUACAUACUGGUCAAGCGAUACCAUCAGCAAUAUCCACAAGAAUUACAUCACCCGGGCCACCCGUCUCAACUGCUAUGUCUGCUUGCGCAGCCUGCCAAGGGAGUGCUUUGCUGAUCGACAAGCGACCGGUGCGAGGUCCCUUGGACACAAGGAGGCGAAGAUGCGGUUUUGUACUAAUUGCGGCACCAAGCGAUCUAUCUGGCCGCCUGGCACAGUAUUGAAAAUCGUCCACAAGUCCUAUGUAGCUUGCAGAGGCUGCUGCUCCAUCCAGAAAGGCGAAGUCUUUUAUCGAAGCCUUGGCGUGUGUUCGAAGGAAUGUCAGGAAUUGAUUGAAAAGAUCCAACAAUCGGCGGCGGACCUGGAGGUCAAGCCGGCUCAUUCGACUGCAGAAAGCCAUAGUCAUGAUGUUCGAAGAGAAGUGAAUCACACCACAGGAGCAAGCGACACUGCUACUGCUCGCAUGAGAGCAACUCGUUGCCUUCGCUGCUGGGGUAUCGAUCAUACUGAGAAGACGGCUGACGGGGCCCUAGGCAUGCGUCUUUGUAAGAAGUGUGAAACCUUCAAGUUUGGAGACAUGUGUGCAGGCCCAGAGGUUGCAAGCGAUGCGAGAACGGAUUACGGGCGUUGA